CUCACACGUCCACUGUUACGGUUAACCAACGAACCACAGGAACCCCAAACCCUAACCUGCUGCUCAAACUUCUUCUUCUUCUUCAUUUUCAAUUCUUCAAAACCCUAACAAAUUCCACCAAUUCACUCGCCCUACCUCUCUGGAAAUCCACAAUCUCUCUCUAAGCGUCCAAGACCAUGUCUAUAGACGGCUCAGCCGAGCGAAGAAAGCAACCGCCUCAGACUCAGACGCCGAGAACAGGCAACGGGAACUGCGGCAUUUCUUCGAUGAGCUUGGCAAACAGGCUGAGACUGAACCCUAACAAGGAGCACAAGCCGGACAGCUACGACGACCUUCAUCAAUUGGAGUUUAGUCCCUUGCUCUUCAGCUCGCUGGAGCGCUACUUGCCUCCCACCAUGCUCAAUGGGUCACGUGACCUCAAGCUCCAGUACAUGAGAGACAUUCUCCUACGCUACUCGUCCGAGAGUGAGCGCACUCGUGUUCAACGACAUAGAGAAUACAGGCAGAAGAUCAUCUCACACUAUCAGCCUGUACACAAGGAGUUAUACACUAUGCAAGCUGCACAGUUCUUUGUCCCCUCAUUUCUCAAAGCAAUCAAUGAGAAUACAGAGGAUAGCUUUAGAAGUAUAAUGGCUGAACCCGCUCCUGGAAUUUAUACAUUUGAAAUGCUUCAGCCAUACUUCUGUGAAUUGUUAUUAUCCGAGGUGGAAACUUUUGAAAGGUGGGUCAUUGAGACAAAUUUCAGAAUCAUGCGACCAAACACAAUGAAUAGAUACGGUUGUGUUCUUGAUGACUUUGGCCUAGAAACAAUGCUUGACAAGUUGAUGGAGGACUUUAUACGCCCUAUGUCUAGAGUUUUCUUCCCCGAAGUUGGUGGAUCCACGCUGGAUUCUCAUCAUGGUUUUGUUGUUGAAUAUGGAACUGAUAAGGAUGCAGAGCUUGGUUUUCAUGUGGAUGACUCAGAAGUCACCUUGAAUGUUUGCUUGGGCAAGCAAUUUUCUGGCGGAGAAUUGUUCUUUCGAGGUAUUCGAUGUGAUAAACAUGUAAAUUCAGAGACACAAUCAGAGGAAAUCUUUGAUUAUUCUCAUGUUCCGGGGCAUGCGGUUCUUCAUCGUGGUCGCCAUCGGCAUGGUGCUAGAGCCACAACAUCAGGGUGUCGAGUCAACUUACUACUGUGGUGCAGAAGUUCGGUCUUUAGAGAGCUGAAGAAGUAUCAGAAAGAUUCUUCUAACUGGUGUGGAGAGUGCCAGCGUGAGAAGAAAGAAAGGCAGCGUCAAUCAAUUGCUGCCACCAAACUGGAAUUGCUCAAGAGAGAUGGAAAACCCACUUCUUGAGAUGUUCUUUGUAAUGGUUUUUUAUCUUUUCUGCCAAUACUCUUCUCGAGCAUUUCAUCAUGUAACUUUUGCUUGUGAAGUUGUAAAUUUACAAAAAUCUCAUCCUUAUUUAUUUCAUCAAUAUAGACUGCACUACAGUUAGGCUGCUUGUUAGUAAUAUGAAGAGAGAUUCACUAUUA